AUGGAAGAGGAAAGAGGUCGUUUGAUGUUGGAUAAAUGUAAUCCAAAGGCGAACUACUUUUGUGACAGAGUUUCAAUUAAGCAACAGGCCCCUCCUUUUUACUUGCUGUCUGUCCGUAUUAUCAGAUUAAGAAAUCUCAGACAAGCAGAUAUAUUUAGCAAAAGUGAUUGCUACAUAAACUUGAGGUUACCAACGGCUUAUUUUGGUGAUGUCCGGACAAAAACAGUAUCAGAUUCUUCAAAUCCAGUUUGGAAUGAAACUUUCUUCUUUAGGAUCCAGAUGAUAGUUAAGAAUGUACUUGAACUGAGGGUCUGUGAUGAAGAUGGUCCACUUAGAGAUGAGCUGCUUUGCACAGUUCUUUUUGAUAUAGCUCAUCUCCAGCCUGGAGAAACAGUUUGCAAGCAUUUUGAACUGAAUGAACAGAAAGAUGAGCUGCUAGAAGUGGAGUUCACUUUGGAACAGAUGCCAGAUAUUCCUGAAACGGUUACCUCAAAUGGAGUAGUGGUGUCUCGGGAUGUUUCCUGCCUAAAAGUAGAGGUGAAUGGAAGAAAAAAGAGGGGGAAAAGCAGAAGAAAACGUCUCACAUUUACAGUAAAGGGAUCCUAUGAAAAUACACAGGAUAUCGUAUUGGACUCUCAUGGCAGAUGUGUCCCCCCAGGUGCUAUAAUGUUCAAUUAUGCCAAGUACUGUUGUCCCCAAUUGGAUGUGGUAUCAUCAAAGAAACGUUCCUUCUGUAAUUUCUCUGGUGAUGAGACAAGCAACUCUCUGUGUUUCCCUUUGCUUCACCUUCCAAUUGGAGAAAGAGUAGAAAUAACACAUAACAAAGCAUACAAUAUAUUUGUGACAGCGGAAAACUGCCAGGAGGACCUUGAUGUGCGUUUGGGAUUUGAUCUCUGUCCUGAAGAGCAGGAUUUUAUCUGCAAGCGCAAGAAAUAUGUUGCUGCUGCUUUGAAAAAUGUUCUUCAUUUAAAAGAAGACCUGCAGGAUGAUGAGGUUCCAAUAGUAGCUGUGAUGACAACUGCAGGUGGUGUCAGAUCCAUGACAGCAAUGUACGGUAGCCUAUUAGGUCUCCAGAAGCUGAAUCUCUUAGACUGCAUUUCAUAUGUAACUGGCUUAUCAGGCACAACAUGGACUAUGAUUAAUUUAUAUGGUGAUGCAAACUGGACGAAGAGGAAUCUGGAAGAAACAAUCAGUGAUGUUCGGAAACAUGUGAUGAAAAAUAAACUGUGUUGUUUUUCUGGAGAGAAACUAAAAUACUAUGAAAAGGAAAUGUGUCAGAGGUAUCAAGAAGGCCAUAAUGUGUCUUUUUCAGAUUUAUGGGGACUCAUUCUUGAAUCCAUGUUGACUGAUGAGCCAGAUCCCCGAAAGCUCUCAGAUCAACAGCAGGCAAUAAAUAUGGGUCAGAACCCUCUUCCCAUCUAUCUUGGUCUCAAUGUGAGGGAAAGGUAUAGCACUCUAGAUUUUAAAGAGUGGAUGGAAUGCACGCCCUAUGAAGUAGGCUUCUUGAAAUAUGGAGCUUUCAUUAAGGCAGAAAGUUUUGGAAGUGAAUUCUUCAUGGGUCGCAUGAUGAAGAAGAUCCCGGAAUCUCGGCUCUCUUAUCUACAAGGCAUGUGGAGUAACAUAUAUUCCACCAAUGUAUUGGAUGCCUUCUAUUUGUCAAACUGUUCAGAAGAUUUCUGGCACAGAUGGACAAGGGACCAAAUUACUGAUACUGACGAAGACAUUCCACCAAUUGUGCCAAAGAGACACUAUGCACAGCCGACAAAUCUCUAUGUUCCUAAUGGUACCCUCACAAAUGUGCUUAGAGAUGUCAUUACAUUGCGUCCAGUGCUUGCACACUAUUAUAAUUUCAUGAAGGGUCUCCAAAUAAAUAACAAAUACUUGGAGAAUGAAAGUUUUCGUGCUUGGAAAGACACGGUGCUGGAUUCUUUUCCUAAUCAGUUGACUGAAACAGAAGAACAUUUAGAACUUGUAGAUACAGCAUCUUUCAUCAAUACCAGCUGCCCUCCUCUUCUGAGGCCUGAGAGGAAAGUGGACAUUAUUUUGCAUUUAAAUUACAGUGGAGGAUCACAGCUUCUGCCUCUAGACUUGUCCACAAAGUACUAUGCAGAACAAGGCAUUCCAUUCCCUAAGAUUGUGCUGACUGAAGAAGACAGGGAACAUCUCAAGGAGUGCUAUGUGUUUGAUGAAGCAGAUAAUCCAAAGGCCCCUAUAUUGGUAUACAUGCCACUGGUAUGUGACACCUUCCAAAAAUACAAAGCACCAGGUAUGGAACGUAGUCCUAGUGAGAUGGAGGAAGGUCAAGCUAAUGUCACCAGCACUAUUUUUUCUCCAUAUGCUACUGGCAUGAUACAAUACUCAGAAGCAAAUUUCAACAAGCUGGUGAAUCUGACUAACUACAAUAUCCUUAAUAAUGAACAGUUGAUUCUUCAGGCUUUGCGUACAGCAAUAGAACGAAAGAAACAGCAGAAGUCUUUAUUCCCUUCUUCUUAAUGUUCUACAAAUUAAUUGUCCUUAUUUACUUACUCUGGAAGCUACCACAUUUUGUUCAUUUGUGCUAUUGGCCAGCAUUACCUACAUGGGGAAUUAUUAUUACCAUUUGUCAUAUCCCAGUUGAGCAACAAUGGUUUAGAACCAUCUUUUCAUCAUAGAAGACACAUUUCCCCCCCUGCAGAAUUGUGUUAAGUGGAUUCUGGGAGGUGAUGGCUCAAAAAUACAUGAUUCACUCAAGAUUCAAAAAGAUGGAACUGGAAGAUAGCAUUCCUUGAUUUGAGUCUAGCACCAUAGAGACACUGGUAAAGUACAGACUUGAAUUAUUUUGAUUCACCAACAGAGCAUUCAAUGGCAAAAAAACUUUCAUGACUUGGUUUUUAUUUAUAAGUGCAAAUUCAUCCUUGAGAAUGGCAAAAGUGAGUGAUGAUAUGCAUGUAGGAAGCAUGGAUUCCACAACAGUGCCUUCUGCUCACCUCACCUCAUCCCAGGUGCACCACUUUUCAAGAGAGAAAAUUUGUAUGUUUAUUAAGACUGGUGUGUCGUUGAGCGCU